AUGCCCGCUGUCGAGCCAGACAAUCCAAUGCCUGAUGACCCAGUGCCCGCUGUCAUGCCUGAUGACUCGGGGCCCGCGGUCUUGCCAGAUGACUCGGGGCCCGCGGUCAUGCCAGAUGACUCGGGGCCCGCGGUCAUGCCAGAUGACUCGGGGCCCGCGGUCUUGCCAGAUGACUCGGGGCCCGCGGUCUUGCCAGAUGACUCGGGGCCCGCGGUCUUGCCAGAUGACUCGGUGCCCACCACUCCGUCUGGGGGCCCGAUGCCUGCCGGUGCCUGCCGCUCCGCCUGGGGGCCCGGUGCCGCUGCCUGGGGGCCCGGUGCCUGCCGCUUCGCCUGGGGGCCCGGUGCCCGGUGGGAGCCUGCC